UCUAUUACAUCAGUUUUGUCAACAACAACAUUGAAUCCUUGCUUUGUCUGUGCAUCUCUUUUUGUUGGGUUUUGGGUUUUGAUGAGGGAACUUGCUCAUACCAUUCAUCUAUAAUCUUUGAGAAGAUCUCUGUUUUCUCUUCUCAAAAUUUCUUUUGUGGGAGCAAGAAAGGUCUCUCAGAACUGUGUAAUGGCACCCAGUUUUGAUUGUUCAACCUCUAACCUUCUCUGUGCAGAAGACAACAACAGCAUCAUGUCUUUUGCUGAUGGGUGUGAUGGGUUUCUGAGUUUUAGUGGUGGGAAUGCUUGGUUGACACAGAACCAUCGGACACUUAACCAAAACCAGAGCUUUCAUGGUGGAGAGUUCUCGAUUGGGUUCCCCUUACAAACUGAGGAGUGUUUAAGUUUGAUGGUUGACAAGGAAUGCCAGCAUUUGCCCAGAGAUGAUUAUUUGAAGAGGUUGCAGAGUGGGGAGUUGGAUUUGGGGAUUAGAAGAAAGGCUGUGGAUUGGAUUAGAAAGGUUCAUGCCUAUUACAGCUUUGGACCUCUGAGUGCCUACCUAUCAAUAAAUUACUUGGAUCGGUUCCUUUCAGCCUAUGAACUUCCUAGAGGGAAAUCUUGGAUGAUGCAGUUGUUGGCUGUGGCUUGUUUAUCUUUGGCAACCAAAAUGGAUGAGAAAGAAGUGCCUCUGCCCCUAGAUUUACAGAUCGGGGAUUCCAAAUUUGUGUUUGAAGCUAGAACGAUUAAGAGAAUGGAACUUCUUGUGUUAAGUACAUUGGAGUGGAGAAUGCAGGCCGUGACACCUUUCUCCUUCAUAGACAAUUUUCUUCGUCAGAUCAACGAUGAUGAACAACUGCCGCCAAAAAUGUCUCUCUCUCGAGCAGUUCAAUUGAUCUCUAGCACAAUUAAAGGGAUUGACUUCUUAGAUUUUAGACCAUCAGAGGUUGCAGCAGCAGUGGCUAUAUCUGUAUCAUCAGAAAACCAAACAGUGGACAUUGAUAAGGCUGUAUCUUGUUUCAUACAUGUUAAAAAGGAGAGAGUUUUGAAGUGUCUUGAACUAAUCCAAGAUGUAUCAUUGAUUAGUGAAUCUUGUAAGGUUCCAAGUGCUUCAGCUCCUUCAGUUCCCCAGAGCCCAAUUGGGGUGCUGGAUGCUGCUGCAUGCUUGAGCUAUAAAACAGAUGAAACGGUUAGGUCAUGUGCAAAUGCUUCUCAUACUACUCCAGAUGCUAAGAGGAGGAAACUGAACAGACCAUCUGAGGUGGAGUCAUGAGGGGUGUGGGGCUCUCAUUUCUCACUCAAAUCAAUUUAGUUUUGGUGUGUGAAGUUGCUCCUUAAACCAAAUAAAGGAAAAGCAAGGAGAAAACAGAGGAGAAGGGAAAGGGAAGGAAGGUUGAAUAAUCUUUAUAUAAACUAAGGAGAGGGGAAUGGGAUGCAAUAUUUAGCCAAUUCUCAUACCUGUGGCACGAAGGAAACAGUCACCAGCUAUUAAUGAAGAAAAUUCUCAACAGUUUAUCAAGGAAGUAGUGUUUAAAAUAAAAGGAAAAAGAAGGGAGAGGUGAAGUUCAGCUUCUUGUAGUUUCCAUCUCAGUAAAAGAAAAGGAAAACAGUGGAGAGGAGG